GGCGGGUGCGCGCGGGGGAGGGAGGGGGGGUCGGUCAGCGACGACUUCCCCAGACGGCGUUUCUCCUCGGAGCGGCGCCGGUUUCGACUUUGUGGGGGCGGGGGUCCAGCCCAUCCAUGACCAUGGGCGACAAGAAGAGCCCGACCAGGCCAAAAAGACAAGCGAAACCUGCCGCAGAUGAAGGCUUUUGGGAUUGUAGCGUAUGCACCUUCAGGAACAGCGCGGAAGCCUUUAAAUGCAGCAUCUGUGAUGUGAGAAAAGGCACCUCCACCAGAAAACCUCGAAUCAACUCUCAGCUGGUGGCACAGCAAGUGGCACAACAGUAUGCCACCCCUCCACCUCCAAAGAAGGAGAAGAAGGAGAAGGUGGAGAAGCAAGACAAAGAGAAACCCGAGAAAGAUAAGGAAAUUAGUCCCAGUGUUACUAAGAAAAAUGCCAACAAGAAAACAAAACCAAAGUCUGAUAUUCUGAAAGAUCCUCCUAGCGAAGCAAACAGCAUACAGUCUGCAAAUGCUACAACAAAGACCAGUGAAUCGAAUCACACCUCAAGGCCCCGGCUGAAAAACGUGGACAGGAGCACUGCACAGCAGUUGGCAGUAACUGUGGGCAACGUCACCGUCAUUAUCACAGACUUUAAGGAAAAGACUCGCUCUUCCUCCACAUCCUCAUCCACAGUGACCUCCAGCGCAGGGUCUGAACAGCAGAACCAGAGCAGCUCGGGGUCGGAGAGCACAGACAAAGGCUCCUCCCGCUCCUCCACUCCAAAGGGCGACAUGUCAGCAGUAAAUGAUGAAUCUUUCUGAAAUUGCACAUGGAAUUGUGAAAACUAUGGAUCAGGGUAUGAAAUUCAAAUCCUCCACCUGCCCAUGCUGCUUGCACCCCUGGAGAAUCUUCUGUGGACAUCGACCUGUUAGUGAUGCUGCCAGGAUAAUUUCUGCUUGCGAUGGGCAUUUGGCCACCAAGGAAUUUCGCACCCUGACAAUUACUCUUGACACUUUAUGUAUUCCAUUGUUUUAUAUGAUUUUUCCUAACAAUCAUUUAUAAUUGGAUGUGCUUCUGAAUCUACUUUUUAUAAAAAAAAAAAAACAAAAACUGCUGUGCACAAUUUUCCAUGUACAUUACAACUGGUUUUUUGUUUUGUUGGGUGGGGUGGGUUGGGAGGGACUUUUAUUUAUUGUGUUCACAAACUCCAUCCUUUCAGCAUAUCCUUCUAAGUUUAGUUCUUUCUUCCAGUUAUACUAUGUACUAUCAGUUUUGAUAUAACUAUAUAUAUAAAUAUAAAAAUAUAUAUAAAGGGUUAUUUGAAACCAAUCCAUGGCAACGCUGGUGCUUGAUACACUGUGAAGUGAAUACAACAUUGAACAGUUACAGAUCUGGGACAGUCCCUUCUACAAAAGAGCUGAAACUAAAUUAAAAUCAGUCUUACCUGAAGUGUGUUCCAAACCAUGUGGGAACUUGACUCUUUCUCAUCUGUCUAAAGAAUACUGGACAAUAUGAAAAUAUAUAUUUUUAAACAAUGUGAUCUCAAAUUAAAGACUGCUUCAUAGCCUGCAUUUGCAAUGGAAUAACUGACAAAUCACAGGUGGUUUGUUGGGAGGUUUUAUCAUUCAGAAGGAACUAAGCUAGCUCCAGAAUGCCAAGUAUUCAUGUAAAUUUAUGGUUAAGUGCUCAUAAAAAUAUGGUAUUCUAUAACUUGAAUUCCAUCCAUUUUCCAGACCCCUACUCAUGUCUGGGGUAAAUCUAUAGAUUGUCUCUUUAUUUUAGGAUUAAAACUAUCUAAACUAUAUUUUUGGUCCAUACAAGAAGCAAAUCCCUAUUUCCACUUCACACGACAUUGCAUUGAUGGUUUUGGAAUUGAAAUUUGUUUGCCUCGUGUCCCUUCCUUUCCCUUAUCCUACCAGUUCAGUUGUAAGCAUGUUUUUCCCUUCUUAAAAAUCUAGUUUGUUUUACUUAAUGAAAAUUGUUAUCAUCCAUACAUUCAGUCCAGACAUUACUCAGUUCUCUGCUAUGGGAAGAACUCAAGUGGUCAAUGUUUGGAGUGGCAGCAGCCAGAGUUGCAGGGAGAGCUCAUACUUCUGAGAACCUGUGUUCUUUUCUUCCUUGACAUAAAGAGAGCUUGAGUAGACUGUUUUAAAGUCUAUUUUUCACUCCUUUUUUUACUGUAUUGCAAACACACAAAACAAAGACCACUAAUGAUUCCACACCCCACAUGUUUAAAAUGUUUCAUUCUGUUCAGAUUUAGUCUCGCUUCUAUUUAACUGUUACUGUUCACAUCCAGAGUUUAUAGACUUCAAGGUCAUUUUCAGGCAUGGGAAUUUGAUGUCACCUUCCUUAUUUGAUCAUACUUUAGGGAUUCAUACAAGGGCAGCUGAUUUGUAAGGAAGCACCACAUUUUGGUGCGGAAAAAACCUGUUUUGCUUAAGAAGUAACUUCUGUCUGGAGGCAACAAGUUAAAAAAAAUUAACAGCUUGAUUUGAGUAGCCUUUCACAUUUACAUUAAAACUCUUCUGUAGUUACCAUUGUACCAUAAUUCAAAUUCUGUUCUCAAAGUCAAAGGUUAUAAAGCAGUGCUAUUUGUUGCUGUGAUCCCAUUCUAAAAUGCAUGGACAAUGUUUCCCUCUUUUUAAAAUAAUGCUUGUAUGUGGGAUGCAAGCUAUGCUUAUCUUAAAUACAUUUUUCAAGUAUUUAUUAAUGAACCAAAGGAAAUUAGAUGCUCUCUGUAAGCAUCAGAAUAUAUAAUACAUAGUGAUUUGACUAUGAAUUUUAAAUCCACAUUUUAAUAUUAGUGGGAUAUUGCAAAGACAUUCCUUCUAAAGUUUUAAUAUUCCUUUUAUUAAGGGUCUCAGGGAGGGUAAAUUAAUCAGCCAUAUUUAUUUUCCAGAGAUGUAAGAAAUUGCUAAGUUUCUUAAAUUAACUUUUUGAAAAGAAAAAAAAAUGUCACCAAACUCAUAGUUUGCACUGCUUUUUGAACCAAUAAGUUUUGGUGUAUGCACUUUGUUCAGAAACGCUGUAACUUUUUCAAAAUUAGUUUCAUGUAAAGUGAUUGGACCUCUAGAUUAGUGGAAAAAGCUAAUUAACCAGCUACUCAUAGGCUGCUAAUUCGUUGCCAAAGUCUUGGUUUUGGUUUUGCCUCCGUGAUAAAACUAAAGAAUAGAGAAGAGUGAAGAAGGGAGAAUUGCUUUAGAACAGGUGGGAUGAAAUUGCCAUUUUGAUAGAAAUUGCAGCUGACAUUGAAACUUCUUUCAGCAAUCAGAUGUUAUUGGGCUAGUCUUUUAGCUGCCAUUGUCUAUUCUGUUGAGGUAGUAAGGUGGUAGGUACUUGAGGCUUUUAAUUUCUGAAAUGAUGACAUCUCUCAGGCAUGUAUUCUGGAAAUGGAAUUCAUGUAACUUCCUGCAUUUGCAUUUUGCCCUACACCUAGUAGGCAGUGUGUAAAAACACUAGUGUAGAUUAGAAAAAUAUAUAUUAAAAGAGGGCCAGAAAUACUUGGUAUUCAGUGGCACAGUAAGCAGGUUAUAAAAACAAAAACAAAAGCACAGUGUUAACACUUGCAAAUUUCCAUUUGUUUUAACACCACUCUAUCGCUCAUGUAUGCGCACACACAGUUACCUGACAUGCUCUGUUUGAGUCAUGCAGUGAAAGAAAAGUAAAAACAUCUUGACACACAUUUUAAUCCAGACCUUUCAGUUUCGGUGUAGUUAUUUUAAAACAUUGGCAGAAGCUUCUGUGAGUUUAGUUCCACUAAGAUGUUUCACCUGCCUUAUCAAGACCAUUCUCAGUCUACUUUUUAAGCUACCAUAUCUUAAAUUAUUGAAAAUUUAUUAAUUGCUGAAUAUAUAAUAACCUUUGCUUGUAUGUAACCGAAAAUGGUUUAAGAGCCAACAUUUAGAGUAUGACAAUGGAGCUGAACAGUUUUUAAUGCGCAAGCAGUUCUGUUCUUGUGUAUGACUUGUAACCUUAAUUUACUGUGUAAAGAUGGUUACAUUAUUCCUUAGCUUUGUUUGUUGGAGACAAAUAGAGAAUGCUUGUUAAGUAUGUCAAAACAUAAUCUUGUGAAUUUUUGUUAAUGUAUUAUACGAGCUAUAUUUUUCAUUUGCCCAGAAAGACAGCUUGUAUAACGCUUUUGGAAGUUUCUGCUCUGUAACGUCCUUAGAGCUGACAGUCUUAGGUUUGUUUUUUUCUUCAUGCUAAAGUGUCAGUUGGUGGUUUUGUGAACUGGUCAGAAAUUCACAGGUCUUAAAUGUUUUGGGGAAAUUUAUAUUGGACACUGCUCUUUGUCUAGCAAAUAAAAGAUGUUAAUAUAUUCCUGUUACUGGCAUGUGCACGACUAUGUUAUUAGAAGCCACUUUAUCAUUUUCUUGCUUUAAAUAGAAAUGUCUAUUUAUGAAUUCUGCUUGUAGUUUUUUCACUAAUAAAAUAGUAAAAUUUA